AUGAAGUUUUAUUCUGCAGCAGUUCUCCUUCUGGCCGGCUCAGUCGCCGCUAGAAACUGCAAAGAGGGCCUGGACUAUUGCGGAAGAACUUUACUUGACAUCGGCAAAUACCAGCCUCAAAUCGAUCAAUCCCUAGCUGAUGCUCAUCAGGCGGAAGUUGAUGGUGGCAAGCACGAUCUAUUCCACUGUCUUGGCGGAUCCAACGGAGUGAUUGCCUUCAAGAAGCAUUGCGGUAAUGGUUGCACCGAUGGUGGAAGUAACAAGAAUGAUUAUUGCAGCUGA